UCUGCUGGAGAUCUUUUUUAAGUCAAAAUUCUCAAAUUUAACUGCAGGGAACGGGAUUAGAACUAUCAUGGAGGAUGCUUUAAUCUCAGAUUAGGAGCAAAUCUUUUCUUCCCGUCUGCGCCUCCUUCUAUUCCCUGUUCCCCGAGAAAGGAAAUCCAACCCAACUGACACCAGCAAGCCCACAGCUUCCCGCAGCCCUCCUCCUCGUCUCUGAGAAACCGAAAGCACCAAGCUUUUGACGGACGCAUAGGCACACCUCGCUCUCCGCCGGUUUCUGUUUGCUCAACUGACUGGACAGACACAGCCCGGUGUCAAUCGAUCGAGCAGCUCGGGUGCAAAGGAUCGAGUGCCCAGUGCUGCGAGGAUCGAUCGUUGAUUCAAUUCAUGGACAUGGACGGUGGCACGAGACCGGCGCCGAGCCGGAACCGCAAGAUACGCCUCCCGAUGGAGGGCGGCGGCGAGCUGAUGGAGCUGCUGUGGCAGGACGGAGCCGUCGUGGCGCAGGCGCAGCGGAGGUGCUCCCAGAGCGGCGCCGGCGCGAGCGGGGUCACGGGGGAGGGGGACGCGGCCGCGUGGCUGGCCCCUGACGGCGGCGGCGGCAGGGACCUGUACUCGCAGCUCUGGCGCAGCAUCGCCGACGCCGACGGCGCGGGCGCCUUCGUGGCGGGGAGCUCGAGCCGCACCGGCGAGGCGGCGGCCGGGUCGAGCUUCUGCGGGAGCAACGCGGUGGCGCCGCCGCCGCCGCCGCUGCUGCCGUCGCCGGAGGCGGAGGCGGAGGAGGAGGAGGAACCCGGCGCGUCCUCCGCGGCCGGCGGCCACGCGCUGCUGCUCAAGAGGGGGAGGGACGAGCUGGACGAUAGCCGCUGCGAGGACGCCGACGACUGCGAGGCCGUCGACGAGACACGGACGUCGAGGCGGCCGGCGGGGAAGCGCAGGGCUCGUGCCGCCGAGGUCCAUAACCAGUCGGAGCGGAGAAGAAGGGAUCGGAUCAACGAGAAGAUGAAAGCGUUGCAAGAGCUCGUGCCUCAUUGCAACAAGAGCGACAAGGCGUCGAUACUAGAUGAAGCAAUCGAGUACUUGAAGUCCCUGCAAUUGCAAGUUCAGAUCAUGUGGAUGACUACCGGGAUGGCGCCGAUGAUGUUCCCCGGUGCUCACCAGCUCAUGCCGCAGAUGGCAAUGGGCUUGAACCCUGCGUGCAUGCCCACAGCACAGAGCCUGAGCCAGCUGCAAAGAGUAGCACCAUUCAUGAACAAUCCUCUCCCAAAUCAAAUGCCUCAGGUCCAGCCUCCAGCUACCGAUUUUCCCAACGUGUCAAACCAGAUGCCGAACGAUGGUGUCUGCGAGCCGACAAAUCCUUUCUUGCAUCCUAAUGACACACUAGCAGCAGCAACUCAGGUGCAGGGUAUGUUCUCCUAUGGAUCUCAAAGGGCACAACAAAAUGAGAUUCACGAGUUAAUGGCUAGCACUGCUAUUCCAGCUUCAGGAGUCUGCCCGCCUUCUUCCGCUGACAGAACUGGAACAUGAGGCCAAGAGUUUCCAACAAGAUGAUUUAUUACUGUGACCAGCCAGGGGGGUUGAACAUAGGAGGCCAUAACAAACUGGUCCUAGCAGAAGAAGAGACAUCAGUGUGCUGUAAGAGCAGGGCAAGGACAGAUCAUGCAACUUUGAGCCUUUGUGGCACCACUGAGUAGCCGACACGUAUACGCCCAGGAUCGUGCCAAGCGCAGAUACUAUUCUAAUCUGGAGAAUAGUCUUCAGCAUCACCUUUCUGUUUCUGGAAUGAUUUGGUCCAUGGGAGAUGAACUUGGCUUGGCAGGGACUACAGAAGAUAUGCUGCAGAUCUGGAGCAUGGCAUGGUUGGAGCCAGCAUCUACACAAGGAGAAAAAGCAGGGGCAGUUCCACUCUUCUUUCUGCUGAUGUUACACCACUUGUGUAUUCUUACAUGACCAUCCCGUCGACCCAGGACCAACAAUUCAGCUGUCGAGUUAUCGAUUCGACGGCUACCACAAGGAUUGGCAGAAACUUGUGCUGUUGACACAAUGGCAUGUCAGGAUUCCACAUUCACUGAAGAGGAGAAAACUUUUCAAGGGUGAACAAAAUCAUGUUCUGUUCAGACAAGGGGCACAUUGAGAUCAUUCUCGUUCAUCGGUAACGCAGAAUCAUCGCCAAGGAUUGCGUGCCUGAACAAACUGCUGCCGCAUCAGGAUCCCUGAGUACUCCGUUGCACCGUCUCCGCUGUCCUUUUCACUUGUUCUUAUGGAAACUAUACCACAUGCAGUGUAAUGAUGCUUAGUUUCAAGUUAAUCGGAGACGGUGACAGCUAUCAUUUGUUCGGUUUCGCCCCAGUUGCCACUAUACCACAUCGGAGACGGAGUAAUUAGAGUCUCUGAAUACAUCUACAUCUUUGUGUUUAUUGUGAGUCAGCCCAGGUCGCCGUCGAUGGAGAUUGGGAUUUUGCUUCACAUUUAUAGGUCGAGAUUUGGUUCUCAUC